UCUAUCCUAUGCUCCUGGGAUACGUUAUCAAAUAAAUUCCAGUUAAGAACCACAAACUUGCUUUUGGUGUCCAUCCUCCGCACACUCGACUUUGUUCAGUGCGGCAUCUACUCGAGAAACCCGCCCUUGUUCGCCGUCUCGUUGCAAAUGUUAUAAAGGUUGUGGCCAUGACGUCUCGAUGGCUCUUGCUAGUGGGCUACCUGACGCUGGCACUUAUGCUACGGCCCAGCAUAGCGAAAUCGUCAGGCGAACCGAAAAUUACUACGACCAAAUUUGAGCAUGGUCCGGUAUCUCUCUUCUACUUCGAUGAUACGGAGACGGUCCUGAUGAGCCUGGAGAACGGAGAUCUUUUCCAGUCAUUCGAUGGAGGUCAAAAAUGGGAAGCUGUUGAGGGAGAAAACGGGAUUAUGAAAGAGCAGGUGCUUUGGGCUCAGCAGCACCCGUUUGACAAGUAUAGAGCAUAUGCCUUGGGUAACAAUGGCCGUCAUAUGAUGACAAAGGAUCAGGGCAAAACCUGGAGUGCUUUCACGAUUGAUGAAUUUCCAGCAUUACAACAACAUACGCCACUUGUCUUCCAUGGUUGGGACUCCAGAAAAGUGAUUUUUCAGAGCGAAGAAUGUGCCGGAUUUUUUUGCAUUGUGAGGUCGUAUUAUACGACGGACGACUUUCAAACGGUCAAGCUGCUGCGCGAGAGCGCUGCAGGAUGUUCGUGGGCACUUGGACACCCAGAUUUCGCGGAGGAUUUUCCAUCUGUCGAUCAGCUCAGUGACAGGACGUUGUGUGUUGUCCCGGGCUUGAAGGUGCCACUUGGUCAUGCCAAUCGCCUAGUAUACUCUGAUGACUACUUCAGCAGUAGUACUGAUGGCAUAGAAGUGAAGUUACAAGCAAAUCGGCCAAUCUCUGGAGUCAUCAGCACAGCCGGUAUCAAGAAGUUUAUUGUUGCUGCCGUUAAGUCCAAGGGAACUGACGAGCUUGCUUUAUAUGUGAGCACUGACACGAAUACUUGGACUCGGGCAGAGUUCGGUGGCCACAGGAUAGAACAGGACGCCUAUACAAUGCUGGAAAGCACCAACUACAGCCUGCAGGUAGAUGUUCUAACCAGCCCGUUUAGUGGUAUGGGUGUGCUGUUUACAUCAAACUCAAAUGGUACCUUCUUCACCCGCAAUAUCGAGCACACCAAUCGCAACGAAGCUGGUAUUGUGGAUUUCGAAAAGGUGGCUGGAAUUCAGGGUAUAGUACUGGUUAAUACGGUCAAGAAUCCUGAGAAGGUAGAGUCUGGCUCUGAAAAGAAGAUCGUGAGUCAAAUAAGCUUCGAUGAUGGAAGAACCUUUCAAGCACUCAAGGUGGGCGACAAAAAUCUACAUCUACACUCAGUGACUACUUUUGCGAACAUCGGCCGCGUGUUUUCAAGUCCCGCACCGGGAGUAAUCAUGGGUGUCGGCAACACAGGUGACAACCUGAAGAGAUACAAUGACGGCAACUUAUUUGUUUCAGACGAUGCAGGAGUGACAUGGCGCCAUGCUCUUGAUGGGCCUUAUAAAUACGAAAUCGGCGACCAAGGUGCUGUCUUGAUGGCGGUCAGUGAUGCCGGGAAGGCGAAGAAGGUCAGUUACUCCCUUGAUCAUGGCAAGGAGUGGGAUACAGUCGAUUUGGAACACGCAAUGUACCCCACUAUGGUCACAACGACCCCCGACUCUACCAGUCUAAAGUUUAUUCUCGUUGGGCAAGAGAACGGUGAAAAAGACUAUAUCGUGUAUUCGAUUGACUUCAAAGGCCUCCACGAAAGAAAAUGUGGCCAGGAUGACUUUGAAAGGUGGCCGGCCAGAUUGAAUGAGAUCGGUGAACCUGACUGCUUGAUGGGUCACAAACAAUUCUAUCGGCGCCGGAAGGCCAAUGCGAACUGCUUUGUGGAUGAGGAAUUCAAGGAUCCGCAGCCAAUUCUAGAAUCAUGCAAAUGCUCGGUCGAAGAUUUCGAGUGUGAACAGCGCAGCGAAGAUGGGAAAAGCUGUAGGCCUGCUGAGAUUCCAAUACCGCCAGAGGGUAAAUGCAAAAAUCCUGACGAUAAGUUCAUGGCCCCGUCAGGCUGGAGAAUGAUACCGGGAAAUACCUGCAUUCGCGAAGGCGGCAAGAAUAUGGAUGAUAAGAUUGAGCAGUCAUGUAAGGACGUGGGGACCUUUCCCCAUGAUGGCAAUGACAAACUCAGUCAUACUAAACAAUUCUUUGAUGCGAAGCAAUUCAGCGCAUAUUAUUACUUGGAACGGCAGUCCAGCAGCUCAGGAACCGACGAGACCAUUAUCAUGCUCACGAGUUCACACAAUCUUUAUGUCUCACAUGACCAUGGCAAGACCUGGCAGCAAUCGUUGCAAGGGAAGAAAGUCACCAGAAUUGCACUUCAUCCGUAUAGUAGCGACACAGCUUUUUUUCUAACAGACGGGAAGGAGGCAUUCUGGACGGUCGAUCGUGCCCAGACAUUCAAACGCUUCGAGGCGCCUAUUCCACCGACACACGAGCGUGUCCCGACGCUAUCUUUUCAUCCCCGGUAUAAAGACUGGCUCAUCUGGACAGGCGCUGUGGAUUGUGGGUCUGGCGACUGCCAUUCCAAUGCUCACAUCAGCCAAAAUCGUGGCGAGAACUGGAAGCUUCUCCUGCGUUAUGUUCGGAAAUGCGAAUUUGAGAGUCGAGAGACUCGUCCCGACAGCAACAAGUUGAUAUUCUGUGAGCAGUUUGAAAGUGAAAACCGAAACAAUCGAUUGCAACUCCUGUCAAGCGAAAAUGAGUUCGCUGAUCGGCAUGUCCAUUUUAAAGAUGUUAUCGAUUAUGCUACGAUGUUCGAGUUCAUCGUGGUAGCCUCUCGUAACCCUAAAAAGCCAGAAUCGCUGGUCGCAAGCAGCAGUGUUGAUGGUCGUACUUUUGCGGAGGCGCACUUUCCUCCGAAUCUUGAUGUACCUGUUCAGACAGCCUAUACCGUUCUCGAAAGCUCUACGCAUGCCGUUUUCCUCCACGUUACUGUCAGCAAUGCCGAAGGAGCUGAGUAUGGCUCUAUCAUAAAGAGCAAUAGCAACGGGACAUCGUACGUCCUUAGCCUCGGCGCAGUGAGUCGGGACCGUCGCGGUUAUGUCGACUUUGAGAAAAUUCAAGGACUGGAUGGCGUGGCUAUCGCGAACGUUGUCAGCAAUGUGGACAGGCUUGCCUCCGGCGAACCAAAGAAGCUGAGAACCAUGAUCACCCAUAAUGACGGAGGCCGUUGGAUGUUACUUCCCCCCCCAAAAGACGCGGAUGGCAAAAAAUUUAGCUGUUCUGUGGAAGAAGGGAAAGGGGUUCCGAGUUGCUCACUACACCUCCAUGGAUAUACAGAGCGCAGGGAUGAAAGAGACACAUAUUCUUCCGGCUCAGCAAUUGGCCUGAUAGUUGGUGUAGGUAAUGUGGGCGACCACUUGGUCAGCGAUGCGGAGCCGGAUACAUUCAUAUCACAAGACGCUGGUUUCACCUGGAAAUUCGUGAAGCAAGGUAGAUACUUAUGGGAAUUUGGUGACUCUGGCUCUGUGAUCGUGAUCGUGCAAGAGUCAAAACCGACAAAAGUUCUCUAUUACAGUACGGACGGGGGUGAUAGUUGGGAAGAAUACCAGUUUUCGGACGUCUCCAUGCAAAUUGAGGACAUAUCGACUGUACCAUCUGAUACCUCGAAGAAUUUCCUUCUUUGGGGCAAAGACCUCGAGUCGGAAAACAAAGAUAAGCUUGCCAUUGUCAAUGUUGAUUUUAGCAAACUCUGGGCCGCCUCAUGCAAGUUGAACGAGGAUAACGGUGCUAGGGACGAUUAUUACAUCUGGGAACCAAGACACCCUUUCGAGGACAACAACUGUCUCUUUGGCCAUGUUGAACAGUAUCAUCGCAAGAAACCGGCUUCUCAGUGUUGGAAUGACUGGCGCGAACCCCAUAUACACAGCAUAGGGAAGAAUUGCAGUUGUACCAGAUCCGACUUUGAAUGUGGAUAUAACUACGAACCUCUGAGUGAUGGAAGCUGUGGGCUUGUCGCUGGAUUAUCUCCACCAGAUGCGAUGGCUAUUUGUAAGGCAAAUCCCGAUCGAGUUGAAUAUUGGGAACCUACAGGAUACCGACGUCUGCCCCAAACGACUUGUGAGGGAGGCUUAGAAUUGGACCAUCAGGUUUCGAAGCCCUGCCCAAACAAGGAGGAGGAAUAUCAACAGCGACACGGUAUCGGCGGUGUUGGACUUUUCUUUGCGAUUGUGACACCGAUUGCUGUGGCCGGCGCUGUUGGAUACUACGUCUUUACCAGAUGGGAUGGUAAAUUUGGCCAGAUUCGCCUUGGAGAAAAUGUCGGCACUUCUUCUGGUUUGUUAUCGCGAGAUUCGCUGUUCAUCACUGUUUCCGUCACCGUAAUCGCGGGCGCGGUGGCUAUUGCCAAAGCCUUGCCGCUUUUGGCCACCAGCCUAUGGCGGAGUGCUAGCGGCUAUUUGCGUUUCAGGCGCAGUGGAGGCUACACACGGCCCUACGCGUCUCGGGGUGCUUUUGCAGCCCGACGCGGCGAUUACGCUAGCGUUGUCGACGAUGAAGAUGAGCUUCUAGGGGUCGAAGAAGCCGACAUUGACGAGGAAGAUGAGCUUUAGUGACAAAAGAUUCAUUUUUGCUUUUUCCUUUCCGUCCCCACUGCCGCCCCCCCGGAAAUUCUUGACGUCUUGCCAAUGAUUUAUGUCAUCAUACGAAGGUUCUCUGUAGGGAGACUCGACUUUAAUGAACUUAUCACUCAAGCUCGAUUGGCUCAGCUAUUUUUGCUUGUCUAUUCACUCAUAGAAUGAUAGAUUUUCUGUUUAGCCCCGUCUCAUAUCUUUGGAAGGAGGAUUGUCCGGUACAACAGGCCCCUCGGCCGCAAUCAACACAAAAAAUGGUCUUUCCAUAUGU